AUGACCGAUUCGCCGAACAUCGCAAUAGUCGGCGCGGGAGUUGUCGGCUUGACAGUCGCGAGGUUGCUGCAAUCGGAGCAAAGGCACUGUAAUCUGACCAUAAUAGCGGACGCCUUCAAAGAGGACACCACCAGCGCCGUCGCUGCCGGCAUCUUUCGGCCGGGUACUAGUUUCAAGGGCUCCACAGACGGGCACACAAAGAAAUGGAUCCGGGACUCCUGGCACUAUUGGCAGGAAAUACUGAAAUCCCCGGAAGCAUCCCAAGCUGGCUUGAUGACUUUCUCCGCGUACAUAUUCUCGAAGAAGCACUACAGCGUCACCAGGAAUCAUCUGAUCGAGGACCUGGUGCCGAUAUACCGGGCGGUGGACGACAACGAAUUGUCGCUAUGCGGUGACGGAUGGAAGUACGGCUCGUACUUCUCGACAGUAAAGAUCGGCUGCGACCGCUACCUGCCGUGGGCCGAGGGGAAAUUUAUCCAGGAUGGUGGCAAGAUCCUCACCGGCAGAGUAGACAAUAUCGCUUCGCUACGCGGAAAGUACGAUCUAGUUUUCAACUGCACGGGUUUCGGCGCCAAAGCGCUGUGCAACGACCACGACUUGGUCCCUAUCCGGGGUCAAGUACUCAAGGUCAGAGCACCGUGGCUCAAGACGGCCUUUUACGGGGACUACGACACUUACGUCAUCCCCGGCUUCGACGGCGUCGCUACAUUGGGCGGGGUGAGGCAAUACGAUAGCUACAACACUGACGUGUGCAGGCACGACUCGGCCGCCAUCUUGGAACGGUGUUGCGCAAUGUUGCCAGCGCUGAAGAGCGCUGAGGUUGUCGCGCAUAGGGUUGGUCUACGACCGCACAGAGUUCCAGUGCGCGUAGAACCGGAAGUUUUGGACGGUGUGAAGGUGGUACACUGCUACGGGCACGGGGGCUACGGCGUAACGUGCGCUCCGGGCACAGCCAUCGACGCCGUCAGCAUUGGCGUAGAUUUGUUUAAAUGCAACAUGAGGAAUAAGCUA